AGUGGCUGAUGGCAGUGGUCGAGGCCGCAGCAGGAGGUGUCGAGAGCCCAGAUAAGAACCCAGGGCCCGGCCCGACGACGCACGCCAGCCACUCGAGCGCUCCAAAGUCUCUCCGAAGCGACUGCUAUAAAGCCGCGGUCACGGCCCCAUCUCCACUGCUAACUGACCGCCAUGUCGCCGAUCGCAGUCUUCGCGAGCCUGCUGGCCGUCGGCCUGGCUCUUCCGCAGCAAAAUGCCCGCUUGAACGAGAGGAAAUUUCAACUUGAUGGAAAAAUCGUUGGAGGCACCUCAGCUACUAUCCAGCAGUACCCGUGGAUGGUUUCCCUGAGAGAGACCUCAGACUCGAUUUUCGGGUCCGAGGAGUCGCACAUUUGCGGCGGCUCCAUAGUCUCAAACAACUAUGUCCUGACUGCAGGUCAUUGCUGCGAGAACGAAGACGCCAGCUCGUUGGUGGUUCGUGUCGGCAACACGGACGGCGAUAACGGCGAGAGGCACGAGAUCUCGCAGAUCAUCCUGCACCCCCAGUUCGUCACCAAGUACAACGUGCCGUACAACGACGUCUGCCUGCUCAAGGUGUCCAAGCCGUUCACGUUCAGCAGCUCCGUGAAGGCAGUCACCCUCCCAGCCGCCAACAGCCAGACCUCCGUGGGCACCAUGGCCACCACGACCGGCUGGGGCUCCACCUACUACGGCGGCGACGUGACGCGGUCGCUGAUGCAAGUGUCCUUGCCCGUCGUGUCGCUCUCCGAGUGCAUCAGCGACUACGGCAAGAACAAGGGCGGCAGCGACUACGUGGACGACUCCAUGAUCUGCGCCGGCUACACGCAGGGCGGCAAGGACGCGUGCCAGGGCGACUCGGGAGGCCCGAUGACCGUGAGCGGCACCCAGGUGGGCGUGGUCUCCUGGGGCGCCGGCUGCGCCGAGGCCAACUACCCGGGGGUGUACGCCGACGUCAGCCACUUCGUCAGCUGGAUCAAGUCCACGGCCGGCAUCUAGGCCCGGCUGCUCGCCAGCUGAACGCUUCACCGCUCUAAGUUGCUUCUCGAUCUCUUCGCAGAUACUCAACAAAUCAAUAAAGUGUUAUUUUUAAAAACCAUA